CUCAAGAUGGCCGCCUUCGGGCGUCUCCGGCGCUGUUGAAUGGUGAAAGCUUUAUUGUUCCCUUCGGGCAGGAGUGUUCGUGUCCUCCACGGCGCUGUCAAUAAAGAACCGCAGUUUGAAUCGGUGCUGAGCAGGCUGAUCCUCAGUAAGUGGACUCUAGAAAGAGAGUAGAAGAGACGACUUGGGGACCAAACUGACUCCAUGGAGCUUCCCAACUAUAGCCAGCAGCUGCUGCUACAGCUGUACACACUGUGCAAAGAGCAGCAGUUCUGUGACUGCACUGUCUCCAUAGGAACCAUCUACUUCAGGGCUCACAAGCUCGUCCUGGCUGCUGCCAGCCUCCUCUUCAAAACCCUGCUGGACAACACAGAUACCAUUUCCAUCGAUGCCUCUGUGGUGAGCCCUGAAGAGUUCGCCCUCUUGCUUGAAAUGAUGUACACCGGCAAACUACCAGUGGGCAAGCACAACUUCUCCAAAAUCAUCUCUUUAGCGGAUAGCCUGCAGAUGUUUGAUGUGGCUGUUAGCUGCAAAAAUCUUCUAACUAGCCUUGUAAACUGCUCUGUCCAGGGACCAGUAGUAAGGGAUGUCUUGGUGCCAUCCUCAGAGACUUGCAGGAAGGAAGCCGAGAAGCCUCAUAUAGAAGUCUUUUCUUCUGAAGGUGCCGGGGAGACCCCUUCUUCUUUGGAGGGUCACAACACUGCAGGGAGCACUGGGAAAGCAGAGAGCCAGGAAACCAUCCAUGUGGUUCCACAGGAAAUGAGUACAGAUCCUUCCACAGUCAAGGAGGUUCAGGGGGAAACAGAGACACCAGUGGAGACUCCUCUUCUGGCUGAAGUUUGUCCUCCCUCCCCUGUAAGACAAACCCUUAGUGAAGCAAAAAGGGCAAGCACAGAACCAGAGUGUGAGAAGAAACACUUCCAAUUGAAUUUUCUCUUAGAAAAUGAGAAUGUCUUCUCAGAUGCACUCUUAGUUACCAAGGAUGUUUUGAAGAGACUGGAAGAAUGCUCAGAAAUUAAAGGCCCACAGAAGGAGAUCAUUGCAGAAUGCUUCAAGGGUGAAGGGGGAUGUCCAGCAUUCCAGAGGCUCCUGGAUAAAGUUCAAGAUGAGAGUCUGGAUGUACAGUCUGCUCUCUCUCUGCUGAGGCUGUGCCAGAAUGCUGCUUCUGUGGCCAAACAGGCUCUGUUAACCCCAGAACCAGGAGGUGUGGCACCAGUGCAGCCAGAAGGGAGCACAGAGGAGGGAAAGACCUUGUCUGUUCUGUUACUGGAACACAAAGAGGACCUGAUACAGAGUAUAACACAGUUGAGACCUAUUGUGGAGUUCCUGGAAACAGCCAAGGAGGAAUUCCUGCCUGGCUCCCAGAAAAGGGUGAUUCUGAAUUGCUGCCAGGGCAAAACACCCAAGGAGGCUAUAGAAAAUUGGUUGCACACAAUGACUGAAGAGAAGACGCUGACCGCUGAGAGUUUGGUGAAAGUCCUCCAGGCUGUGAAGACAACCUUGCCAAACUUAGGCCUUCUGCUGGAAAAUUUGCAGAAAUUAGCUCCUUUGUCCAGUCCCCCAGUCCAACCAAGCCCUGAGGACUAUGGGAAUGAGCUUUUGAGACGAUAUCAUGAAAACCUCUCUGAGAUUUUCACAGACAACCAGGCAUUGCUGAAGGUCAUCUCACGUGUGAAGAGUUUGGCCCCUGGAGAAAGAGAGGUCAUGGAGAAGCUUGUGGAACGGGACUCUGAUUCUGGUGGUUUCAGUUCCCUGAUGUCAGCAGCUCUAGAAAAGCAAACUCUCUCAGCAACAGCCAUUUGGCAACUACUGCUAGCAGCUCGGGAGACAAAGACCUGCCCUUUGAACUUGCUCCUGGAACAAAUAGGAAGAGAACCUGGUGCCAAUGCUUUCUUCCAGGCAGUGACCACCCCUGAAAGUGCUGCCUUAGAAGCCAUCCUGAAGCACAGCAGGUUGAUCAUGGACGCCAUUCAGCAGAGGACUGUGCUCCAGCACUUUUCCUCAGAAGAGAAGCACCUGGUGGAGACCCUGAAAGAGAUUCUGAGCAUUUCCUCUGAGACAGCCAGCCUUGAAGCUUCCUUGAGAGCAGUGCUGAGCAGAGCUAUGGAAAAGGCAGUCUCAGCCAUUGAAAUCUGUCGCCUCCUGUGCAGUGUCCACAGAUCUUUCCCUGGCCUACAGCCUGUCAUGCAGGAGCUGGCAUGCAUUGGCUUCCUUGCUAAGGAAAAUGGAGAGAGGGAAAUGUGGAGGCUGAGUGAUAAAUUUCACCAUGAAGCCAGCAACAAAGAAAAUGAGAAGGCAGCUGAGGUGACUGGAGAAGGCUGCCAGCCCACAGAACAAAAGGAAAAGGAAGAGACUGGUUCCCCGCCAGAGCAACAAGAAAAGGACACUUCUGCCUCCCCAGACUCUGCCAAGAAGAGCUUUGUCUGUAAGGCCUGUGACAAGAGUUUCCAUUUCUACUGCCGCCUUAAGGUGCACAUGAAACGUUGCCGGGUAGCCAAGAGCAAGCAAGUGCAGUGCAAGGACUGCAGUGAGACCAAGGACUCAAAGAAGGAACUGGAGAAGCACCAGCUGGAGGCCCACGGUAUGGGCGGAGAGCCUGACAUCCCCAAGAAGAAGAAGAAGAGGCUUCCUGUAACCUGCGACCUCUGUGGAAGAGAGUUUGCCCACGCCUCAGGCAUGCAGUAUCACAAGCUGACAGAGCACUUUGAUGAGAAACCAUUCUCCUGUGAGGAAUGCGGGGCAAAGUUUGCAGCCAACUCUACCCUGAAGAACCACCUCCGCCUACACACCGGGGACCGUCCAUUCAUGUGCAAGCACUGCCUCAUGACCUUCACGCAGGCCUCAGCCCUAGCCUACCACACUAAGAAGAAGCACUCUGAAGGGAAAAUGUAUGCAUGCCAGUACUGUGAUGCUGUGUUCGCACAGUCCAUUGAGCUGUCCCGCCAUGUGAGGACCCACACUGGGGACAAGCCAUACGUCUGCAGGGACUGUGGGAAGGGCUUCCGGCAAGCUAAUGGCCUCUCCAUCCACCUGCACACCUUUCACAACAUAGAAGAUCCUUAUGACUGCAAGAAAUGUAGGAUGAGUUUCCCCACUCUGCAGGAUCACCGGAAGCACAUCCAUGAGGUGCAUUCCAAAGAGUACCAUCCCUGCCCUACAUGUGGGAAGAUCUUCAGUGCCCCUUCCAUGCUGGAGCGGCACAUGGUAACCCACGUGGGAGGAAAGCCCUUCAGCUGUGGGAUCUGCAACAAGGCCUACCAGCAAUUGUCUGGUCUGUGGUACCACAACCGGACCCACCACCCAGACGUGUUUGCUGCUCAGAACCAUCGCUCAUCCAAGUUCUCUUCACUCCAGUGCAGCUCCUGUGACAAAACCUUCUCGAGCAUGAUGGAACACAAGGCACACAUCAAAGCAGAGCACGCAGAUUUGAAGUUUCAUGAGUGUGACCAGUGUAAGGAGCUCUUCCCCACGUUGGCUCUGCUCCAGGUGCAUGUCAAGUGCCAGCAUUCAGGGUCGCAGCCAUUCAGGUGUUUGUAUUGUGCAGCCACAUUCCGCUUCCCUGGAGCCCUGCAGCACCACGUCACCAUGGAGCACUUUAAGCAGUCAGAGAGCACAUUUCCCUGCGAGCUCUGUGGGGAGCUCUUCACCUCCCAGGCUCAGCUUGACAGCCACGUGGAGUCUGAGCACCCAAAGGUGACAGGCACGGACACCCAGGCAGCUGCCUCACAGGUGGUACAGGUGAUCCAGGCUCCAGAGCCGGCGGCCCCCACCGAGCAGGUGAUCACUUUGGAGGAGACCCAGCUUGCUGGCUCACAGGUGUUCGUGACAUUGCCUGAUUCACAGACCUCUCAAGCCAGCUCUGAGCUUGUGGCAGUGACUGUGGAGGAUUUGCUGGAUGGUACUGUCACUCUGAUCUGUGGUGAGGCCAAGUGAGUGGCGGCUCAUUGGUGGAAGGCACCUGCACUGUGCCAAAGAGAAAGUUCAACUUAGCACCAACCACCAACCCAGCGGCUCACUUGGAAACAGAGGGUGGUCCCAUUCACAUAGAAACACAGUGUCUGAGCUGUGGACACAGACACCACUGUCCUUCCCACAGACCUGAAACUCUGUCCCACCCCAGAGAAGUCAGGCUUCUGAAAGAGCAGUGGGAUGUGAGCUGGUACAAUGUGGGGGCAGUGUGCCUGCAGCCAUUAGCUGACAGAAGGCUGGGAGUCUGAGCCCAUGGAAUGGGGCUGCAAAUUCUGCCAGUGCCUCUGGCCAAUGGAGAGAGAAGCACCAGCAGAGCCUCCAGGGAGCCCAGCCCUGAGUAGUUACCCUUCGCUUCUCUCAUCCUCUCUGUGCUCAGGUCUUCCUGUACCCAGGGGCCGUGCCCAGCUCUGUUGAUGGGGCUAUGUUAACACUAUAGGAAGCCCUCGUGCUGGUCACAUCUAGUCAGGAGAAUCAUCCCCUUCUAAAACAGAGCCUGUGGAGUAUUUGUGUCAGAAGGAAGUGUUUGACUUGAGGCCAUCCAGCUGCAAAGAUGACUCUGCCUUCCUGGGAUAGUCUUCAUAGUGCUCCUUUCUCAAAAGCUCUUCCAUGUUAUCCUCAUCCCUCCCUCCUAUCAAAGGCUGAAAUUCCCCCCCAACUUGGAGGCCUCUUGCUGGCUUCCUCUGGAGCAUGUGACGUCACUAGUGAACCAACCCAGGAAGGCAGUCCUGCCUGUGCCACGUGUGUGUGAGGAGCAGCCACGGGGCCCAUGUGCCUUGUGUGUGGCCUACCCUCAGCAAUCCCAGGCUGCGCAUGGCCUGCAGGUCAGUGACCUUUCCAAGUCUGAAUUUCACAAAGCUUCUUAUCUUCAGCUCCUAAAACAUAAUCUGGUAAUUAAUGGUUUGUGGAAUCCAUUACGAAGUACAAUUAGAUGGAUGUCAGAUCCUGCCAUUAGAGAGGAUAAGUAGCACUUCUGUUUUCUGGAAGCUCAGAGGUUGAAGAGUGCCAUUGCAGUGUUUACCCCGGCAGCUCCCUGCUACCGCAUGAGGGUUACCCCUCUGCCAAUUUGGUCACUCACCCUCCAGCCACUCACUAACAGAUAAGCCCACCUUGUCUUUUCAAGCACAUCUCACAUGGCCAUGUAGAGGCAAGGGGUCGCAUUUGAUCUAUUGCUGCCACCCAGGCAGGUGACACAGCUAGAAGGGCAGAAGGUAGAACCCUAACACUGCUCAGUCAGUUUGAGGGCUGGCCAUUGACAUUGGCUUGUGCAGGCAGCCCUGGUAACCAUUUUUACAGCUGGAUUCCAGCUCUGAUCAGCUUUCCUCCAAACUGCUCCAGUCUUGGGCCUGUUUUCAUUUUGAUGGGCAAAUUGCUUGAGCAUAGAUCUUCCCAUUCUCGUGUUUUAGGGGUUGUUUUGUUUGUUUUUGGUUUUGUUUUGAGAUGGGGUAUCACUAUGUUUCCCAGGAUGGACUCAAACUUAUUAUGGAUGCUGGGAUUACAGGAGUGUGUGCCCCCACACACUGCCAGUCUUCCUAUUCUGAAGUAAAUGAAGUUUUUCAAAGCAAGUCAGCUUCAGAAGCCAGACAAUGACCAGAAGAUGGUGCUCACACAUUAAGACUCUGCCUCCCUGGGAACACCGUGCUGGUCCUGCCGCAGCUGCCUGCUUGAGGCUGUUGUUCAUUCUUGUGGCCGGCAGAGCAGGGCAGAUCUUGGCUUAGAGUUGAUGGAGUAGCACAUGCUACUGGCAAGAAUGGCACCUCAUACCCUUGGGGUGGGGUUGGGACUGCACUGUCAAAAAAUUUUGUCCUGCCAAAAGAGAAAUGCUGAGGGUCUAUAGGGGAAAGUGAUUUUUAAGAGCUUUUGAAUACAAAUUGCUCUAAGUGUUAAACCCAGUUGUCAGCCCUGAGGAACCCCAUCUCUGAUUUUGAUGGAGACCCAGAUGAUGGCCAGAUAAAACACUACGUGUCAUGGCAGUGAAACUGGACUUGCUUUCAGGCCUGGCGGAUACUCCUCUUGAGCUCCCUCGGCCAGAGGCACAAACCCAGGGCUGGUUCUCACAGAGUCCAGGCAUGAAUCUUAUUGUAGGAAGACUUUCAGUUGUCACACUUCUGACCAGGCUGCCCUGAACCACCACAUGUUUAGUCCUCCUUCCACUUUCCUUCCUUUGCCUAUGGCAGUGUUGCGUUUGCCUCAUGCUAUGGAAUACUGUCUGUGUGGCCCCAGGGCUUAGCUCUGAACCUGGGCUUCUUGGAACACGUUGAUUUGUUCAACCACACAGCCUCGGUUCCCGGAGCUCAUGCUCCAGUUCUGGCUAAUGAAGAGGGAAAGGCAGAGUCCAAGCUGCAGUCUGUGUUGCGGGGUCUGACAGGGUUAGUUGUAGAGUACAAUUGACCCACCACAGGUGAAUGGAAAGCAAAUCAAUGAAUGAGGAGCAGGGAUUACUUAGGCAGAUGAGACUUACUGAGCAGAACCUGGUUCAGAGGGACCAUUGGGGGAGGAGUUGUUAGUUAUUGUUUGUCUUCUAAAGCCCAGCAAAUAGCAGGUUUGUAGGAUGAGUGGUAGUCUGGAGUUGAGGUGCCUCUGAGGGAGACUUUGGCUUGCCGCUGACUACGAGACUCCACAGCCUCCCCCCUCAGUCUAGAUCUGCAGUGCUGAGGGACAAAGCAGGGUGGCAAGUGGUGAACAGAGACUAGGGCUCUCUACUCAUGAACUCCCAGAAUAGUGAACAGGGGAACCUAAGGAUUGCCUCUCAUCCCAGGGGUUGAGGAGGUUCUGAGGUGACGCCGUAUGCCUGAGAACAUGGAAACUGCCAGCCUGGCGUAGAGUACACGUGUGUUAAAUUAAAGCUGGCCUGAGCUGGAGAAGACACUGGGUGCUUGAUCGUAGAGGGUGCUGGGAGCAGUGGGAGGAAAGUGUACUGUUUUCUGCUGUGGAGGCCAAAAGGUCAGAAGCACAGCUGGGACAGAAACCUGCUGCAUAUGAUCUUGGCCAGUAAGGAGGAGAGAGACUGUCCAUUGGGGAACUACAUUGUUGAGAAAGCCCUUCCCUGGGCCAAUUUAAGUUGCCUCCCAAUUGUGGAAAUGAUCAGGGUUUCUCUUAGGAAAUCAGUCACACCUGUCUCCACCCAGGACUGGAACAGCCAGCCCCACUUGACAUUGUAUAUAUUAGAUUACAAACUGUUACUCAUGUUCAAUAUACACUAAUGUAUGUAAAUAAAAUACAUACUUUGAAAAAA